UUCAACUUGAACCGGCUGGUGCCCUGAGCGGUGGCCCAACCAACAACAUUUCAAGCCUGCUAACUUUAAACAAAUAACGUUUUAUUUGUAUUUAUUUGUACUUCAUUUCAGGAGGACCAUAUGAAGGUCUUAUAUCGGAUUACUGAAAACUAGGUGGAUUUUUACUGACCUCAAUCUCAAGAUGUCUAUACUAAUAUUCACUCCCCCGAUUGUGAAGAGGCUUCUAGGCUGGAAAAAGGGCGAACAGAUAAAUGGACAGGAAGAGAAAUGGUGUGAAAAGGCAGUGAAAAGUCUUGUAAAGAAAUUGAAGAAGACAGGACAGCUGGACGAGUUGGAGAAGGCUAUCACGACCCAGAAUAUCAACACCAAAUGCAUUACCAUACCAAGGUCUCUAGAUGGUCGUCUCCAGGUGUCUCAUCGUAAAGGCCUUCCCCAUGUCAUAUACGGCCGUCUGUGGCGUUGGCCAGACCUGCAGUCGCACCACGAGCUCCGGGCCAUAGAGCUCUGUGAGUACGCCUUCCACACCAAGAAGGACGAGGUGUGUGUCAACCCCUACCACUACCAGAGGGUGGAGACACCAGUCCUCCCUCCUGUCCUGGUUCCUAGACAUACAGAUAUCCCUACAGAGUUCCCUCCUUUAGACGACUACAGCCAUUCUAUCCCUGAGAACACCAACUUCCCCGCCGGCAUCGAGCCACAGAGCAACUACAUCCCAGAGACCCCUCCUCCUGGGUAUCUGAGUGAGGAUGGAGAGGCUAGCGACCACCAUCUCAACAACAGCGUGGACACAGGCUCACCCAGUAAUCUGUCACCAGAUCCAGCCUCUCCAGCACACAGCACUAACCUGGACCUCCAGCCAGUAACGUACUGUGAGUCAGCGUUCUGGUGCUCUAUCUCCUAUUAUGAGUUGAACCAGCGUGUGGGUGAGACCUUCCAUGCCUCCCAGCCCUCUCUCACUGUCGACGGCUUUACAGACCCCUCCAACUCAGAACGCUUCUGUCUGGGACUACUGUCCAACGUCAACCGCAACGCUGCCAUGGAGCUCACACGCAGUCACAUAGGCCGGGGUGUGAGGUUGUACUACAUUGGAGGAGAGGUGUUUGCAGAGUGUCUUAGUGACAGUGCCAUCUUUGUCCAGAGUCCCAACUGUAACCAGCGUUACGGCUGGCACCCUGCCACUGUCUGCAAGAUCCCCCCAGGCUGUAACCUGAAGAUCUUUAAUAACCAGGAGUUUGCAGCUCUGCUGGCCCAGUCAGUGAACCAGGGCUUUGAGGCGGUCUACCAACUCACCAGGAUGUGUACCAUACGCAUGAGCUUCGUCAAGGGCUGGGGCGCCGAGUACAGGCGACAGACCGUAACCAGUACCCCGUGUUGGAUUGAGCUGCACCUCAACGGCCCCCUCCAGUGGCUUGAUAAAGUACUGACACAGAUGGGCUCCCCCAGCAUUCGCUGUUCUAGUGUCUCCUAAAUACACACAACACAGGCGCGCAGACACACACACACCACACCACGACACACACACACACCACACCACACCACACCACGACACACACACACACAAAAUAAGGAAAGUAGAGGUUCUCUAAAGUAAGAGGGAGUGUCAGAGAUGAGCACUUAAUUCAACAGGCCUUAUCAUUUCAAGCCCUGGAUACGCGACCAUUGGGAUCUGGCAUGAUUACACACAUCACAGCAACACUCACCCUCACCGUGGGACCCCAUGCAGAGAUAAGCACUUCAUUUCACCUCACACACCCCGUUCACACUGUUAAACGUCCUGGACAGUCAUUCUAAAAAAGUACCUUUUCUCUCACGGCCAACUACCGGGAAGUAGCCCUCCUUGACUGACAGCUCUUUGAAACGCCUUGUGUCAAGCAACUUGGGUGCAGUGAACAGUGUGGCAGUAAUAUCGUCUCAAGCUAAUGUGGUGUUACACAAAGGCAACUCGAACAACAUUUAAAGUGCAUCCAUGUCAAACAUGUUUUAUACGUCGCCCAUUUGGGAUGUCUCUUGUCCACCCAACAUGUCCACCCCCCCCCCACCCCCCACCUUUUUGUUCCGUGCUGGCUGAAGA